GGUUUUUAAGCGAUCGCAUAGCGAUGGGAAUAAGCUCAAUUAGAACCAAUUGGUUGUUUCCCAUUUUCUUCAUUCCUUUGUGGAAAAUCAGCAGUUCUAGUCGUGUUAAGUUUCCCAUAACCAAGGAAAUCUGAAAUUAUAUGCAAGAUAAUUAAACAAAGGAUAUGAACACCGCUGUCGAAAAUUACGAAUCGGUUAUGACAAAAAUUAACUCUACUGCGGAAUUAAAAAGUGAUAUUAAAAGUAGUGAAGGUAAAGAUGGAUUACGGGAAUCAGCAUAUUCAAGAGGGAAUUCGUGGGAUCUUCCUAAUGCUCAAGGCUUAUAUGAUCCAUUGAAUGAACAUGAAGCAUGUGGAGUCGGCUUUAUCGUGUCUAUUGAUGGAAUUCAGUCACAUAAGAUUUUGCGAGAUGCACAGAUUUUAUCAGAACGGAUGAACCAUCGCGGUGCAUGCGCAUGUGAUAAUGAUACUGGGGAUGGAGCUGGAGUGAAAACGUCAAUUCCGCAUAACUUGUAUGCGAAAGAACUUGCUUCUACCGGUACUAUAUUGCCCGAGCUCGGAAGUUAUGCUACGGGAAUUAUUUAUUGUGAUGUGCAAACGCACUCCGAUGCUGAAAAUGAAUUCACUCAACUGGCACAAGAGUUGAAUUUGAAAGUAAUUGCGUGGCGUACGGUUCCAACCAACAAAGAAGCUAUUGGUGUAGUUGCACGUAAGUCCGAGCCUGUUUCACGACAAGUUUUUGUUGGCUGCGAUUCAGGCUUAAGCCAAGAUGAUUUUAAUCGUCAAAUAUAUGUAUUACGCAAACGCGCGAGUCAUGAAUUGGCUAAAGUUGGUCGACGGUUUUAUAUUUGCUCUUUAUGUACCAAAACUGUGGUGUAUAAAGGAUUGUUUACAUCUGACCAGUUAUGGGAAUACUACACGGAUCUUAAAGAUCCCAAUUUCGAAACGUAUUUGGCUUUGGUGCAUACUCGUUUUUCAACAAAUACAUUCCCAUCUUGGGAACGUGCUCAUCCCCUUCGUGUGAUUGCCCACAAUGGAGAAAUAAACACUUUGCGCGGAAAUGUCAAUUUGAUGAAAGCACGUGAAGGGGUUAUGAAAAGCCAUCUCUUUGGAGAAAAUCUAAAAAAAUUAUAUCCAGUGGUGGAACCUAAUCUAUCAGAUUCAGGAUCAUUCGAUUGCGUUGCUGAAUUUCUAACGAUGGCUAGCAAGAGAUCUUUACCAGAGGCUAUAAUGACUAUGGUUCCUGAAGCAUGGCAAAAUGACAAGACAAUGCCGCAAGAAAAACGCGACUUUUAUCAGUGGGCAUCGUGUGUAAUGGAACCAUGGGACGGGCCAGCUUUGAUUUCGUUUACAGAUGGGCGGUAUAUCGGCGCUGUUCUUGAUCGAAAUGGUCUACGCCCGUCUCGGUUUUACGUAACAAGUGAAAACAUUCUAGUAAUGGCUUCAGAAGUUGGCGUUUAUGACGUUGAUUCAUCUAAAGUGAUUUUAAAAAGUCGUUUAAAACCUGGUCGAAUGCUGUUGGUUGAUACCAAAGAGAAGAAGCUCAUCCAGGAUGUAGAACUAAAAGCAUAUAUUGCUAGAUCUCGUCCACAUUCAGAAUGGCUACAGCAAAAGCUGAUAACCAUUGAUGAAAUAAGAAACGCAAACAUGAUGCAUCACGAGUCAGUUGAUGACAAAUCUUUUGUGAAAGCGUUAAUGAACUACACGUUUGAUCCAAGACUCCUCCUGUUUGGAUACACAACUGAAACUAUUAACAUGCUUCUAUUACCUAUGUUCAAAACAAGCAAGGAAGCACUAGGUUCAAUGGGAAAUGAUGCUCCCCUAGCGUGUCUAUCUUCGUUUCAGCCUUUACCAUAUGAAUAUUUUAAACAGUUGUUUGCGCAAGUAACGAAUCCACCUAUUGAUCCCUUUCGGGAGAAGGUUGUUAUGUCAAUGCAAUGCCCUGUAGGACCUGAAGCCAAUUUGCUCGAACCAUCUUCUCAACAAGUUCAUCGAAUUUGGUUAUCAAAUCCCAUUCUAAGUAUUCCCGAUACAAAUUUACUAAAGAGGAACACUCAUAGAGGAUGGAAGACUAAAGUAUUGGACAUAACAUUUAAAUUUGAAGAUGGCGUUAAGGGCUACAUGGACUGCAUUGACGAUAUUUGCCGUGAAGGUUUCGAAGCUGCAUCUUCAGGUUAUCAGCUGCUAGUUCUAUCUGAUCGCAAUGCCAGUCAUGGAAGAGUACCCGUAUCGGCCUUGCUUGCUUUGGGGGCAUUGCACCAUUACUUAAUAGAAACCCUGCAACGUAUGAAAGUUGGUAUCAUUGUAGAAACAGCCGAGGCUCGUGAAGUGCAUCAUAUUUGCGUAUUACUUGGCUAUGGUGCCGAUGCUAUUUGUCCGUAUUUGGCUUUUGAGCUCGCCCAGGCACUAAGAGAUGAUUGUGUCAUAAGUGCUGAUGUAAGCGAUAAACAAAUCUAUGUUGCUUACGCCAAGGCUAUAGAAACGGGUGUAGCAAAAGUAAUGGCUAAAAUGGGUAUAAGUACAUUGCAAUCUUAUAAGAGUGCUCAAAUAUUUGAGGCUGUAGGAAUUGGAGAAAAAUUAAUUAAUAAAUGUUUCCGUGGAACAGCGAGUCGGAUCGGUGGUAUUAGUUUAGAAAUAGUAGCGAAGGAGGCUUUGGAGCGAUAUAAUAUGGCAUUUGGUAAUACAUUAUCUGAUACACGUAUCCUAAGAAAUCCUGGUAACUAUCAUUGGCGUCAUGGUGGAGAAGCGCAUAUAAAUGAACCUGCUUCUAUUGCAAGCCUACAGGAGGCGGCUGAAAGUAAAAACUGGAAUUCAUUUGAAGCAUAUAAAUCAACUACUUUGGACAGCGUUAAAAAGUGCACACUUAGAGGCCAACUUGAAUUCGUAACCGAUCGAGAAAAAGUAGAUAUUUCAGAGGUAGAGCCAGCUUCAGAAAUCGUUAAAAGGUUCGUUACUGGUGCCAUGAGUUUCGGAAGUAUUUCCCUCGAGGCACAUCAAACUCUAGCUAUUACUAUGAAUCGAAUUGGAGGAAAAAGUAACACCGGCGAGGGAGGCGAAAAUUCUGAUCGCUACUUAGAAAAAGACCCUAAUAAUAGUAGACGGUCAGCUAUUAAACAAAUUGCAUCCGGCCGUUUCGGAGUAACAGCAGCUUAUCUUGCGAAUGCCGACGAUCUUCAAAUUAAAAUGGCUCAAGGGGCUAAGCCUGGAGAAGGAGGAGAACUUCCUGGAUAUAAAGUUACCAAAGAAAUUGCCAAGACUCGUCAUUCUGUGCCAGGCGUUGGCCUAAUUUCACCUCCCCCACAUCACGAUAUUUAUUCUAUUGAAGAUUUAGCAGAGUUGAUUUAUGACUUAAAAUGUUCAAAUCCCAAGGCAAGGAUCAGUGUUAAGUUGGUUUCUGAAGUCGGCGUUGGAGUAGUGGCUUCUGGUGUCGCCAAGGGCAAAGCUGAGCACAUUGUCAUUUCUGGUCAUGAUGGAGGCACUGGAGCUAGUUCUUGGACUGGUAUUAAACAUGCUGGACUCCCAUGGGAAUUGGGGGUAGCCGAAACACAUCAAGUUCUAGUUUUAAACAAUCUGCGCUCAAGAGUUGUACUACAAGCUGAUGGGCAACUACGAACAGGAUUUGAUGUUGUGGUGGCCGCACUGCUUGGGGCUGAUGAAUUCGGUUUCAGUACAGCGCCUCUAAUAGUUAUGGGGUGCACCAUGAUGAGAAAAUGUCAUUUAAACACAUGCCCAGUCGGUAUUGCAACACAAGAUCCGGUGCUACGGCAGAAGUUCACAGGAAAGCCAGAACAUGUUAUAAAUUUCUUUUUCAUGUUGGCAGAAGACAUUCGUCAAAUCAUGGCAAAUUUGGGAAUUCGUAAAUUUCAAGAUUUGAUUGGACGCACUGAUUUACUUCAAGUGUCUAAGAAAAGAGGCGGCAAAACUAAUUUAUUAGAUUUGUCUUUACUUUUGAAGAAUGCUUUGGAACUACGGCCGAAAACAAAUAUAGUAGGGGGUUCUAUCUCACAGGAUUUCCAGUUGGAGAAACGAGCAGACAACAAGCUGAUUGAAAUGGCGCGAAAAGUUUUCGAUGGAUCAGAUGAUAAUACAAUCAUCAAAAUGCGUAUAAAUAACGAAGAACGUGCUUUUGGAUCAACACUCAGUUAUCAUAUUGCAUGCAAAUAUGGGGAAGAUGGUUUACCACCUGGUAAAAGCAUUGAUAUUUUCUUAGAAGGAUCUGCUGGUCAAAGUUUUUGCGCUUUUCUAUCGAGUGGCGUAAGUGUAACAUUAAAAGGAGAUGCCAAUGAUUAUGUCGGCAAAGGUCUUUGUGGCGGCAGCAUCGUUAUAAUGCCUCCGGACAAUUCAGUAUUUGAAUCUCAUUUGAACGUAAUAGUAGGAAACGUUUGUCUGUACGGUGCAACCAAAGGUACAGCCUACUUCAGAGGUAUUGCGGCUGAGAGAUUCUGUGUAAGAAACUCUGGCGUUACAGCGGUUGUCGAGGGUGUUGGAGAUCAUGGGUGUGAAUACAUGACCGGAGGUGUUGUAGUUAUUCUAGGUUUGACCGGACGAAAUUUCGCUGCGGGGAUGUCUGGUGGAAUAGCUUAUAUUUAUGACGUGGAUGGUUCAUUUAAUGCAAAAGUGAAUCCGGAAUCAGUUGCUGUCCUUCCAUUGGAACUUGAAUCAGACAUAACUCUGGUUAAGAGCUUACUGGAUGAUUUUAUACAAAAAACUAAUUCAAAAGUGGCAACGGAAAUAUCCAUUAAUUGGACUGAAAGUCGGAAUAGGUUCUUAAAAGUUUUUCCAUAUGAAUAUCAAAAGGCUCUACGGGCGCUAGAAAACUCACAAUCUUCCGAAAUAAAUGAAAUUCCGACUGAAAUAAAAGAUAUAAAAGCAACUCGAAAUGAGCCGCUUAUAAAAGAUAUUGAAGAAACCGUUCAAAACAAGGUGGCAGAGCAACCAUUGGACAAGGUUCGUGGAUUUAUUAAGUAUAAGCGGGACGUGAAUGUAUAUCGCAAUGCCGAAGAACGCCAAAAUGAUUGGGAAGAAGUUUACAAUUUUAAACAUGUUCGCAAAAAUUUGAAAACACAAGCUGCUCGCUGUAUGGAAUGUGGUGUUCCAUUUUGUCAGUCAAAUACCCAUGGUUGUCCAUUGGGAAAUAUUAUUCCCAAGUGGAAUGAUCUUGUUUUUAAUAAUGAUUGGAAAGAAGCUUUGCGACAACUUUUACAGACAAAUAAUUUUCCAGAGUUUACUGGUCGGGUAUGUCCAGCCCCAUGUGAAGGAGCCUGUGUGUUAGGUAUUUCAGAGCCUGCAGUAACCAUUAAAAACAUUGAAUGUGCUAUUAUUGAUCAUGCAUUUGAACAAGGUUGGAUGAAACCUGAUGUACCCAGUACACGCACUGGUAAGCGAGUAGCAAUUGUUGGUUCCGGUCCCUCUGGUCUAGCAGCAGCAAGUCAAUUAAAUAGAGCUGGUCAUUUUGUUACUGUUUUUGAAAGAAAUGAUAGACCAGGAGGUUUAUUGCAGUAUGGUAUUCCAACUAUGAAAUUAUCUAAAGCUGUAGUUAAGCGUCGAAUUGAUCUAAUGGUAGAUGAGGGAAUAGAGUUUAGAACUAAUUCUUAUGUUGGCAAGGACAUAAAUGGAUCAACGUUAUUAGAGGAAUACGAUGCUUUGCUACUUACCACUGGCUCAACUUUCCCACGGGACUUAAACUUAGCCAACAGAGAUUUAAAUGGAAUUCACUUUGCUAUGGAGUUUCUGGAAUCUCAACAGAAAAAACAACUUGGUGGCGAUAAUAGUGUCAUAUCUGCAAAAGAUAAAGAUGUUAUAAUAAUUGGAGGUGGUGACACCGGCUGUGAUUGUAUAGCCACUGCUCUGCGGCAAGGUGCUAAAAGUAUUACUACCUUUGAAAUAUUACCAGAACCUCCUAAACAUCGUGCUAAUGACAACCCUUGGCCACAGUGGCCUAAGGUUUUUAGAGUCGAUUACGGACAUGAAGAAGUUCGUGUGAAAUUUGGUAAUGAUCCUCGUCAGUACUGCACAACGGCUAAGGAGCUAAUGGGAGAAAACGGAAGUAUUAAAGCUAUAAAGACUACUCAAGUCGAAUGGGAAAAGAAACCGAAUGGACAGUGGGCAAUGACUGAAAUACCUGGGAGCGAAAAACAUUAUCCCGCUGAUCUAGUUUUAUUGGCAAUGGGCUUUUUAGGUCCAGAAAAGUCUUUGCCUGAACAAAUUGGCCUCGAUCUAGAUGGUCGCGGAAACAUAAAGGCAUGCAACGGCCAGUUUGGAACCUCAAACUCCAAAGUUUUCGCAGCUGGAGACUGUCGCAGAGGUCAAUCCUUGGUCGUUUGGGCUAUAACAGAAGGCCGUCAAGCUGCCCGGCAAAUAGAUUCCUAUCUAAUGGGAGUUCCUAGCAGCUUACCAGGACCUGGAGGAGUUAUAGACAUAACACGAAAAAUUUAAGACAAUACGGGUUUAUAAUACUGUUGGAUGAGUAAAAUUGUUUGAUUUUUUUCUUUCGUUAAACGUUAUCAGUGUAUUCAGCAGUAUAAAUCGUCUACAAAGCCAAAUUAAAGGAAAGCUCUACUAAUCAAGUAUAAUUGUAUUUAAAUAUGAAUUCUAGAUAUAUGGCAAUGAUUUCGUCUAUUUACCAAGUUAAUCAUAAUUUAAUAAUAAACCAAAAUGUUACAGCUUUA